GGCUUCCGUGCUCUCUCUUCCUAUGACUGGUGUGGUUGAAGUAAAUCAAUCCCCCCAAAGAAAUCAUAACCAUGGCAAAACAAGGUGGCUUUUUCACUUAGUCUUCAGUGCAACUUCCACUUCAGGUUUUGGCUGCUGUGAAGUCACCUACUAGGGGAAAUAACCACCACCACCACAUGGCCGUCUCCUUGAAAACUCGUCUUACAGUUGGGUGCAAUCUUUGGGGUUGUUUAUGGGGGGGGGUUUCGUUCUGGGAGGGAGGUUCUCGCUCAAACGGUAAACGUUACAUAGAUACAUCGGUCAUAGUGUUUGUUGUCGAAGCCGAGGAUAUUUGUGUGUACAACCAGUUCGAUUUCUACAUUCUAGGAAAACAGAUAGAUGGUGAAAGCCUGAAUGAAGGCUUGGAUCCGCUUCAUACCACCAGAGAAUUCAACAACCGACAGGCUUGGACGGGAGUGCAACCAAGUCACGAACAUCCCAUCACCAUGUUUCGUAUUCAAAUCUGGCCAAGAAACAUCACAUCGGAAAGCAUUGGAAUCACAAACUGGAAGCAGUCACAGAAGGCACUAUGA